AUGAGCCCAACUCCCCACUUACCUAACGUUAAUUCUAAUCCAAAUUCCGUCGAAUCGUCCAAUUCCACCGCCAACAUUUUUCUAGGUGGUGUGCGGAGAUCGUGGAUGCUGAAUGCAGCCAACUGUCCCUCUUCUUUCUCCUGCCACUCCAAAAUACCUGACGAUUCGGCUGCAGCUACUACUUUGAAUAACGCUGUUGUCGUUUCUGCUGCUGAUGCUGCUGCUGCUGCUGGCCGGACGCGUCAACAAGGCAUGCGAGAGUCGUCCUCUCUUCGCGUGCUUCCCGUGCCAUCUCCGAGUCAAGAGAAUGCCGCAUUAAUCACCACUGCUGCCGCCGCACCCUCACGAUCUCAAUCGCAGCCGAAUGCAAUAUCCCCGGUGACUCCCGGUCACGCCCAGCAGCAGUUCCAGCAGCACUCUCCCGUUUCCCAGGGCUCGCUGGGGCACGUCAUUUCUGACCGAGCGGGGCCCGACCCUCCUCUAGCGGCGACAGCUGCCACAACCCCCAAAAGUGUACCCAUAGCGUCCCUCCAAAACCCGAUCGAAGUGCCUUCUCCAGUAUGCGACAACGCCAGAAAUGUCGUUAAUCGCAAUGGCGCGAGCCCCUCAGUUACAGCAUUUCCGUCCCCUCGCACCGUGGGGCCAGCGCCGCUAUCCCAUCAGCCACAUGUCGCGACAGCAGUGUCUACAUCUUCACCAGCUGGGGUUGAAGCCGGGAAUCCUUCCAGGGCCGGACACCAGCGUGAAAGGAGCAAUACUUCACUGCAACUGCAGAGACGGGACUCGCACACAUCUCACUCCCACUCUCCAGCAUUAUGUCCAGCUUUUCCACCGUCUGCCGCCUCCCCUAGACAACAGAUGGUACAGCCUCCUAAUGCAUCCCAGCACAAUCCUUUUCACAAUCCCGUCCUGGAUGACGCAUUCUAUGAACGGUCGCUGAAGACACUUGAAAAUUUCCAAGAUCAGUUGAAGCAGAGGGAUUGUCUUGGAAAUGUAGAACAGCCACGGACGCAACUUCUCUACCAGGCCUGUGCUGAACGAGACCCUCUGUUCCUCGCUAUUCAUCAGGUGUAUUGUCUGCAUAGCCUUGCCCCACAAGAAUUUCUCCAAUUACCGGGAUAUACUGUGCUUCAGGAGUGUGGCUUAGAUGUGAUAAGGAGACUUCUCGUAGAAAAUAAUCGGGUCUCAGCGGGGUUUCUCAGAUGGUCUGUUCAGUUUCCUGCCCCACUUGUUGGGUUGAUGCAGAGGUCUAGAUAUCGACAGGUUGUGGAGCAGGCCGGGCAAUGUCUCCGCUUGCUGGCUGAGAGGUGGCCCAUGUAUGUGAAGGAAGUGCGAAAGCGAGAAUUUCCACCGUUGGUCGCUGAGCUUGUGAAGCACUUUGGAAUCACAUCAGGGGCCUUGGCGUAUACGAUCUUUCUGUCCACCUGUCGGACAUUGCCCGGAUCCAGGAGCGAAGAGCAUUUGAAGGCCGUCUGGGAGCUAGAUCUACGGUACUACCAUCAGCGUUGCGCAUCACCGCGUCUGGUAUCUAAUGCACAGAUUUACGAGGAAACCCAAAAGGUCGUUCAGGCAUACCACUCGGUUUCUGUACCAACAGGCACGCAUCAGUCAGGGCCACACCCGAUCCUGUCCCACGGGUCCACGAUCGGUGGCGAGAGAGAUCCAAUGAUACAUCCAGUGGCCAGACUUACCAGCACAGGUGGUCCUCAGAUCCGCAAUCCUCAGAUGAUGCUCCCACUACCCAGCCAACCUGGCCCUUUGGCAUCGCAGGGUACAAUGAAUACACAUUCACAUCCUUUGCCAGUUGUGAUGGCCAGCCGUGGAAGUUCGGUGCCUCAUUCAGUGGCUAGGUCGUCAGCCGCCCCAAUGCCUCAACCGAUUAAUCCUGGGGGAGCCUCCCCAACGUCGUAUCAAUUCUUGCCUCCACCGGCGCGCAUGCCAGCCAAUGCCCCAGGCCCUCAUCCUUCGGCUCCUGUUGCACACAGCCGACGUUCAAGUUGGACAAACGGCGCUCCGACCAUCCAACAUACUUACACACCUCAGGCGUCCGAUCCAAUGUCGAGAGCAACCGGCGCUCCAGCCCAAGCAGCCGUUCCACCGAUGGUAUAUCCGUCUCAGAUUGCGCAUCUACCGGGAGGCAGAAUUCCGCCAAUGCAACUCGCUGUCCAAGCCCCACGACAGGUAACGACACGACCACCUCAGCUAGAGCAACGAAACAAUGGGGUUGGACCGUCCAUGCAACCAAUGAAUCCGAGGCAUCAAACUCAACCCCCACAGUCUCCAGUGUCUCAGCGACCACCUCGUCCUCAUCCUCCGCCUACCCUUCUUCUUCCACUUCCAGGCUCACAUCCUUUGAAUACAAUACCGCCCCAACCCCUUCGUGAUGCUCUGCACCAGGCCCACCUACGUGACCCACACAAUUACCUGCUUUCUAGAGGGCCUACAGGCGAGAAAGAGAUGGAGCUGUACCAAUAUCUCAGUAUGUUCGCUGUGCCGCCGACACCACUCGGUCGAGAACAGUGUGCCUUCCAUUGGAGGUUUACUUUGUCAAAGGAUAAUCUGGAUCAGUUUCCUAGAUCUCAUUCGGCCGGAAUAGGGCAGCGCUCGUUCCGUUUCUAUUCAAGCGGCAAUCGAGUAUAUCGGCUGCGGUGUAUCAAGAUGCCCUCGGUUGCCAGUGAGGUUGCAGAGUCGAUGUGGACUGUAGCCGAGUCGGUGUGGCCGAGUGUGCUUUAUGUCCACGUCAAUGGGGUGGAGCUUUUCGUUCGCCGACGAGUGCAUAAUGGCAAAGACCUCCCGUUAGAUAUCACCGACCAUCUCAGAGAAGGGGAUAAUAUGAUAUCCUUACAUUUCAUCCGCAGUCCAGCUGAAGCAAACGAUAUGUUAUACGCAAUGGCAGUUGAAGUGUUGGAGAUCUCAGAUCUGGUUCGAGCAUUUUCACUUGCUCAAGCCUUACCUGCUUCAGAAUGUCGGGAGCAGAUUUGCCAGCGUGUCUCUUCCAGCUUGCAGGACGACGACGUGAGUGUCGUCAGUGACCAUCUCAGCAUCAAUCUCGUGGAUCCUUUCACCGCACGCAUCUUCAGUCGCCCUGUACGCGGACGCGCCUGCAAACACCGAGACUGCUUUGAUCACUUGACCUGGAUACAGACGCGUGCCUCGAAGUCGGGAAAACGCAGCCUGAAAAAUGACUGGAAAUGUCCCAUUUGCGGCCAAGAUGCGCGCCCCCAACAACUAGUCAUCGACGGUUACCUUCAAGAAGUUCGCGCGGAGCUAGCACGCAUAAAUCUACUGGAAGGAGCAAAGGCAAUCCUCAUCAAAGCCGAUGGCUCCUGGGAAUUAAAAUCCGAACCAGAUGCACAACCCUCAGAAUAUAGGCUUGAUAGCACCGGGGAACGAGUCCCAUCUAAACGAAAGGCGCCCGAGACUAACAACCAUUCCCCAGCUCCAGCUACUCAGAGGCCAAAAUCUGAACGGACCACCUCCGCGAAGGGGCCGGUUUGCAAUACACACCUACCCGAAGUCAUUGCACUAGAUUAA